AUAAAAUCUGAAGAGACACUGGAAAAGAAUUUAAGUCGUCAUCCAUUAGUCAAUUCGGAAACAGCAGUAAAAAUUUAAUUCCCAAUCUUUUGCAAAAAAUAUUCACAGUAUUUACGAGAAAAAGAUUCGCGAUGUCAAAAAUACUUGCUGUGCCACCAAAGAAACCGUCAGAGGAAGAAAUUGUUAAGCCGCUAAAUAAUCUUAUCCAAAGUACAUACAGUGGAGCUAAUGCAGAGGAAAAGGCCAAAUAUUUGGAAGCUGUAAACGAGUUCGCAAAGCAACGCAACACAGCAAUAUGGAAGUUUUUCGAAAAAUAUGAAUCCUCACUAGAAGUAGCCUACGCCUACUACGAUCAAAUAUGUGCUUUGGAAACCAAAAUUGCUGUAAAUGAGCUCCAAAUUCCGUUCAAGUGGAAAGAUGCGUUCGACAAAGGUUCCAUUUUUGGCGGUCGCAUUAGUUUAACUCAUACAUCACUGCUGUACGAAAAGGUAUGCAUCCUUUUCAAUAUUGCUUCUCUACAAAGCAGUGUUGCAGCAUCUCAAGCUCUGGAUAGCGAUGAAGGUUUAAAGGUUGCCCUGAAGCUACUGCAACAAAGUGCUGGCAUAUUCCAGUACCUCAAAGGUGCUACACCAGCUGCCAUACCUUCGGAACCCACUCCGGACUUGAGUCAGGAUACGUUAAUUUGCUUACAAGCACUGAUGGUGGCCCAAGCACAAGAAGUUUUCAUUUUAAAAGCUAUAAAAGACAAUAUGAAGGACCAAAUUGUGGCUAAACUUUGUUGCCAAUGCGAAGAGUUUUAUGCUGACGUGUUGCGGGCUAUGCAAAAGGAAAGCGUCCGAAAUAUUUGGGACAAGGAAUGGAUACCAACCAUUGCUGGCAAACAGGCUGGAUUUCAUGCCCUUACACAACUAUACCAGAGUUUAGUAUGUCGAGCUUCUAAGAAGAUUGGUGAGGAAAUUGCGCGAUUGCGUUCGGCUGUCGAGUUAUUUAAAGCGGCACAAACCCGAUCCGGCAUUUCAAAUUACCUUGAUGAAUUUUUUACUCGUGCCAGACGAAAUUUGGAGGAAUCGACAAAAGAUAAUGAGUUCAUUUACAAUGAAAUGAUACCGGAUGUAAGCUCCCUGCCCUCUCCAGGAAAAGCUCAAUUGGCGAAAGCUUUGCCAUUGUCUUCACCUAUGGCAAGUAACUUUAGGGACAUAUUCUCGGAAUUAGUGCCAGUCGAGCUACAUCGUGCUUUGACAGCAUCUGAUAUGCGUAAAAAUGAAAUUGUGAAUGUUGAGAUAAUGAAACUCCGUGAGGCCACCCAAACUUUAAAUGGCGUGUUGGCCAGCUUGAAUUUACCAGCUGCCGUUGAGACGACUGAUGCAGGCAGCGGUCUACCGCCAUCACUGCGUGAAAAGGCAGUCGAUGUUCGUAAUAAAGGAGGCAUCGAGAGUAUAAAUACCUAUCUGAAGGAACUGCCAGAGUUGUUACAGCGAAAUCGUGAAAUUUUGGAUGAAACCGAACGUCUACUGGAUGAAGAGCGUGACUCUGACAAUCAAUUGCGAAAUCAAUUUAAAACUAAAUGGACACGCAUUCCUUCCGAUAAUCUCACAGAAAUGUUCCGUAAAAAUGCAAAAAAAUAUCGAGAAGUUAUUACAAAUGCAAUUGAAGCGGACAAAAUUGUGCGUCAAAAGUUUGAGAAUAACCAAAAGGGUAUUGAAUUGCUCUCAAUGGCUCCUGAGCAAAUACAGGAGGCAGUUCCAUCAGCUGGCGGAAACAUCGAUCCGAAUUGUCCAAGUGUUCAAAAAUUGAAAAACCUUAUGGAGUCGGUAGAAACCAUUAAGGCGGAACGCGAUGCAAUCGAGUUGGAGCUAAAGUCUUCUACUUUUAAUAUGAAAGACGAAUUUUUGUCCGCUUUACAAAAAGAUGGUGCUAUAGAUGAACCAGCUAUUUCCUUGGCUCUAAUUGGAAAAGUUUUAAAUCCACUACAAUCGCAAGUAAAGGAGAAUGUAGAACGUCAGGUGACACUUAUUAGUGACAUUCAAGAAGCUCACAAGAACUUCGUGACCGAAACCGGUAGCUGUGGCAGUUCGCGAGAUAAACUUUAUCAAGAAUUGGCAACGGCCUAUGACAGCUUUAUUGAGUUAUUGGGCAACUUGAAAGAAGGCACCAAAUUUUACAAUGAUUUAACAGAGCUUUUGGUCGUAUUCCAAAAUAAAAUAACAGAUUUUUGCUUUGCGCGCAAAACAGAAAAGGAAGAACUUCUCAAAGAUUUAACAACAGAGUCGAGCCGCCCAACAAUUGGACCAACGCCAACACUACCGUCGCACUACGCAUCUACAUCAGGAAGUGAUGUUAGUCCAUCCAGUUCGGUGUCCUCAGUUCCGGAUGCACCUACACCAUCGGCCGGUAAUGUGCCUUACCCGCAUCAAAUGCAAGGCAUGCCAAUGCCAUAUGGUGCUACACCGGGUGUCCCUUAUCCCACAUACGUUCCACCACCAAUGCCACAAGGAUUUAAUCCAUAUGCAACGCUGCCUUACCCAGGAACACCAUUUCAGUACAGUGGUUUUCCGCAGGGACCUCAGCCGGGUCACUAUGGAACUUACCCAGGUAGCUUUGCUCAUCAGCAAGGAGGAUAUCCAAACCAAAAGCCACCAGGCUGGUAGACAUUUUUUACAACUCAUCCACAAUUACAGUGCGUUGUUAAUUAUUCGUCUUUGUUUUAUGAUAUCCAAUUGUGUAGCAUGGGAAUUGGUUUUAUAAUAGUAAAUGUUUGCACUUGAAUUCUCA